CACUGUACAGUCGGAGUCUAAGGGUUUAGACCUAAAGCCGGGAAAGCUUCGCCUUCGCCGUCUCAUCCUGUCCUAAACCAGAUCUUCAGAGAGAGAAAGAGAUGACGACCCGAAUAGCUCCAGGUGUCGGAGCCAACUUGCUCGGUCAGCACUCCGCCGAGAGGAACCAAGAUGCCACUGCAUACGUUGGCAAUCUCGAUCCUCAGACAAGUGAAGAGUUAUUAUGGGAGUUGUUUGUUCAAGCUGGCCCAGUUGUAAAUGUUUAUGUCCCCAAAGAUAGGGUCACCAAUCUACAUCAAGGAUAUGGCUUUGUGGAGUUCCGCAGUGAAGAUGAUGCUGAUUAUGCAAUAAAAGUGCUGAAUAUGAUUAAGCUAUAUGGGAAGCCAAUAAGGGUCAAUAAGGCAUCCCAAGAUAAAAAGAGCUUAGACGUUGGAGCUAACCUUUUUGUUGGCAACCUUGACCCUGAUGUAGAUGAGAAACUUUUGUAUGAUACUUUCAGUGCGUUUGGAGUUAUUGUCACAAAUCCCAAGAUAAUGAGAGAUCCCGAAACAGGAAACUCACGUGGCUUUGGUUUUGUUAGCUAUGACUCUUUUGAGGCAUCUGAUGGUGCAAUAGAGGCAAUGAAUGGGCAAUAUCUUUGCAACCGUCAGAUAACAGUGUCCUAUGCUUACAAGAAGGAUACCAAAGGCGAACGCCAUGGUACCCCAGCAGAAAGAGUGUUGGCAGCAAGCAAUACGACAGCUCAAAGAAGUAGGCCUCACACAUUAUUUGCGAGUGGACCACCUACACUUCCAAACGCACCUCCUCCUCAUCAGGCAAACGGGAUGGUUGGAUUACAAGGUGGUCCUCCUAGACCUUUUGUUGCUGCGAAUGGGGGAAUGAUAAUGGCUCCUCCGCCAAUGGCAGUAGCCAGACCACCACCACCUAACCCUGCCGGAAUGUACCAACAGCAGCUGAUGCAGCAGCAGCAGCAGCCUAUUAUGCAGAUGUCCGGUCAUCCUCCUCCUCCUCAAAUGUGGCAAGGCCAACCUCAACAACAACAACAACCUAUCCAUCAUCUUCCACCACAAUUUCAACAGUUCCGACCACCUCCCCCUAAUAUGCCACCACCUCAGCAAAUGCAGAUGCAGAUGCAGCAACAACAGCUACCACCACCUUCCGGAAUGGUUCCCCAGCAGAUGGUCUGGCGACCACCUCCACCGCCACAGCAGCAACAGCAGAUGCCUGGAAGACCUCCAAUGAUGCAGCAGCAGAUGUCCAUGGCUCCACCUCCACCACCUUCUGGCUGAAUCGCCGAUUAAACUCUCCUUUUCAAAUUAAGCCGCAUUUGCUUCUUUUUAGUUGUAAAAUGAUAUAGUUCUUAUACCUUGGAACUUAGCUUGGUUUGUGUAUGUUUUUAAUUGGAAACAAAAACAACUAGAAGUUAAUGCAAUCUCUAAAUCUCAUCUUUCAU